UUUUCCAAAAGUAUUCCACUAAUGUCUACAAUAACAAAACUUGUAUUCAAUUUCCAAAGGAAAUGCUAUUCAACUGUUGGUAUGGAAAUCAUGAAAAGAGCGCGUAGAAAAGCAGAAUGCGUUUAUAAUGUGGACGAUCCGGUAACUUUGUCAAUUGCAAGAGAGUGUUUAAUGGCCGGCUCAGUUAUUGGUCUUCCAACCGAUACUGUUUACGGUUUCGCUUGUAAUGCCAAUAAUGAGACAGCCAUACGACAUUUAUAUACUAUCAAAGGACGCAACUUUGACAAACCCGUGGCAAUAUGCGUAAAAAAUAUAGCCGAUUUCAGGAAAUACGGCCAAGCGAAUCAUUUGAGUGAUACUCUAUUAGAAAGUUUAUUACCAGGGCCUAUCACUAUAAUCGUACAACGUUCCGAGCAUCUCAAUAAUCGCUUCUUAAAUCCAAACACUAUUAAGAUUGGAAUACGGAUUCCGAAAUCUCAAUUUAUCCAAGACUUAUGCAGCCUUUAUGAUGAGCAGCCGUUAGCAUUGACCAGUGCGAAUCGAUCUUCCGAACGCAGUAGUCUCAAUAUACAGGAAUUUAAAGAGCUUUGGCCAAUGUUGGGGGGCAUUUUUGAUGCGGGUCAAAUCGGCAAUUCAGAGGAAAGCCGUUUCGCAUCGACAGUAAUUGAUCUGACUCAGCCUGGCUUCUAUCAAAUAAUACGCGACGGUGUAGCUUUAAAGCAAACUUUGGAUAUUUUACAUUUGUAUGGUCUCGAACCUAAAUGCUUCUAGGUCGAAUUUCAUUAAAUGAUAUGUACAUGUAUAUAAUUACUAACAGUAGUGAAAAAUCAUUUUAACAUUAAUUUUUUCU